AUGGCCCAGCCAUCCGCCUGGCACGAGGCCUAUCCGACCCCACGAAAUCAAUCACCCAAAGUGGUGACUCGACAAGAGCUACGGCAGUGGCUUCAGGAGGGCCAGAAACCAGGGGUCGACUUCCUCCUAGUCGACCUGCGCCGAACAGAUCAUGAGGGCGGAACGAUCAGAGGUUCGAUCAACCUUCCUGCCCAGAGCCUCUAUCCCAGCCUCCCGACUCUGUUGAAUCUAUGUCAAAGUGCCGGUGUACGGACUGUCAUCUGGUAUUGUGGUUCAUCCAAGGGCCGUGGGACGCGCGCUUGUGGAUGGUUUCAAGACCUCCUUGAUGAUCGCCAAGUCAGUGGGAUAACCAGUGCUAUCCUACUGGAUGGAAUUACCGGCUGGGCUCGAGCGGGCGACGAGUACACGCGGCUUAUGGAGGAAUAUGACGCCGAGCGAUGGUCGAAUGCAAAAUAG